AUUCCCAUCUAUAAUGUUGAUGGUUCGCUAAACGCAGGUGACUGUAUUACCCAUAAAUGUUUUUUUGUGGCCAAGUACAAAGGACACAGAGAAAGAGUCACCGCCAAGGCUACCCAACUAGGGAAGAUUAAUUUGAUAUUGGGCUGGACCUGGCUAUUUAAACCCAAUACUGAGAUCAACUGGCAGACAGGGGUUGCCACAUUGUCACAUUGCCCUCAGGGAUAA